AUGAAGACGAAGCAUAUAAUAUUCGUUGCUGUGGUCAGAGUACUUCAAGCGGUAUUAAUCCAGACAUUCUUCCAGCCAGACGAAUAUUUCCAGUCGUUAGAGGUUGCACAUCAUGCAGUAUUUGGCUAUGGCCAUUUGACCUGGGAAUGGUCGACGUCAAACCCGAUCAGGAGUAUUCUCUUCCCGUCACUUUGGAUUCCAGUCUACUGGUUACUCAAGAUUAGCGGGCUCGACGAGACAAACGCCCUGAUUGUAUGCCCAAAGAUAUUGCAGGCUUUUUUGCGGCCAUCACAGAUGUGUCCGUCUGUCGUCUCUCUCGUCGCCUAUUCGCUACUCGUCAGCUUGACCUCCUUUUUCCAUGGCCUUGCCCUUGUUCGGACGCUGUCCAACUCGCUUGAAACCUCGCUCACCGUCCUCGCCCUGAGUCACUGGCCGGCUCACUCUCCACCCGCCAAAUCAUUUCAAACUCUGCUCCUACCCUUGCUUAUCGCCUCAGUCGCGUGUAUCGUCAGGCCGACCAAUGCCAUCCUUUGGCUCUAUCUAUGUGCCGAGUUCAUAUUCCAGAGUCGAUUCAGUCGGAAAGCAAUAACCAAUAUCUUCUCCGCCGCUCUAUUCGUCGGGGUUCUUUCCGUUGGCACAAUGUCAAUCACAGACAGUCUCUAUUUUGGCAAACCGACGUUUACCCCGGUCAAUUUCCUUCGUGUCAACGCGUCCUCCGUCUCUUUAUUCUACGGCGGAAACCCAUGGCAUUAUUACCUCACACAGGCAAUUCCAAUUCUUCUGACCACGAAGCUGCCGCUGUUUUUUCACGGAAGAACGCCAUCGCCCCAGCUCCGAACCUAUGCUAGGUUGAUCGGAUGGACGCUGCUCGUGUACUCUGUCGCCGGUCACAAGGAAUGGCGUUUUAUUCACCCUCUUCUUCCACUUAUGCAUCUCUUUUGCGUCUCUUCGCUUUGUCAGGCGACGCGCGAGAUUCGAGGUAAAAGCAAACUUGCCUCCAUUCUCCUUACCCCAUCAGGGUUUUGCAUUCUACUAUCACUCCCCGCAAUUGUCUAUACCACAUUCAUUCAUGGGCGUGCCCAAAUCGCAGUCAUGCACCACCUUCGUGGACUUGCUCAUACAGACCUGACCAGCAUCGGAUUUCUUACGCCAUGCCACUCGACACCAUGGGCUUCAUACUUGCAUAGAAAAUCGCUCGAUCACGGCCACGCCUGGUCACUUGGAUGCGAACCUCCAUUAAAUACUCCACCGACGUAUAUGGAUCAGACUACGAUAUUUCACCACGACCCAAUCGCAUAUCUUCGAAUUAACUUCCCAAGCACAGUCGAUUCAACGUUUCCUCCUUCCCCAUAUCCAACCACAAUUCCUGGUUCAUCUCCCUCAUUUAGGACGACAUGGAUCGAAAAGAAAGACAUGGUCACUGUAGCGUACGUUGAUCAGUGGCGGCACACUUGGCCCAAGUACUUGGUCAUGUUUGGGGUUUUGCCGCAGAUGAAAGAUCAAGAAGGAACAACGGUAGCGGAUGUACUACAUCAAAAGGGCUACAAGCGCGUAUGGCGCACUUGGAACGGAUUUGAAGAAGACGAGAAACGACGUGGUGGCGUAGAGGUCUGGAGAUGGACAUCGACUUAG